AUGUCGCAGCGCCAAACGAUCGUCUCUGCGCCAGGCAAGGUCCUCCUCGCAGGUGGCUACCUCGUCCUCGACCGCGCCUACACGGGUCUGGUGGUCGCUACCAGCUCGCGUUUCUACGCCUCGGUGAGCGACGUGCCCGCCGGGGCCGCCUCGGUCCCUACCUCGUCGUUCCCCAGCGCCUCCACGUCUGUCGCAGCCACUCCAGCCGGUAGCGGGCGCGCAACUCCCCAACGUGUCAAGAGCGCUCGUGUCUCGGUGACGGCUGGACAGUUCCCCAAGGACGCUAGCACAUGGGCGUAUGAUGUGGUGUUUGCUGGCGAGAACGCUCCCAAGCUUGUGCCGGCCCACGAAGCACGGAACAAGUUUGUCGAGGUCACUCUCAGCAAUGUCCUCCUCUACGCCGGUGAGCGUCUGGGGCGCGAUGGUCUGGCGCGCAAGCUCGGUGCUGGGCUCGACGUUGUGGUGCUUGCCAACAACGACUUUUAUUCGCAGCGUGAACAGCUCGCUGCCGCCAAUCUUCCUCCCCGCCUCGAGUCGCUCGCCGCUCUCGAGCCCUUCUGCCCCCUCCCCCGUCCCAUCGGCAACACCAACAAGACUGGUCUUGGAAGCUCCGCCGCGCUGGUCACUUCGCUUGUCGCUGCCCUCCUCCAACACCUGGGUCUCGCGGACGUUGCGUCCGCUGCCGACCGCGACGAGAUCCACAGCCUUGCCCAGGCCGCCCACUGCCUCGCGCAGGGCAAGGUCGGCUCGGGCUUUGACGUCGCUUCUGCCGUCUACGGAACGCAUGUGUACCGCCGCUUCUCGCCCUCUGUUCUCGAGCCCCUCUUCAACGGAACCGGCUCGGUCCUGUCGGUCGUUCGCAGUGACGCGUGGGACACUGAGCAGCGUCCCUUCCGCCUCCCCCGUGGCCUGCGCAUGAUGCUCGCCGACGUGGAUGCUGGCACUGACACGCCGUCGUUCGUCGGCAAGGUGUUGGCAUGGCGCAAAGACAAGCCUGAAGAAGCCAAGAAGCUGUGGGACAGAGUGGACGAGUCCAACCGCGAGCUCGAGGCUUGUCUGGCGGCAUUGGUGGACGCAGAGAAGGAGCCCAGCUAUGACCAGGUCAUCGCGGAGGCAGCAUCGCGUCCCAUCACCGAGCUCUCUGAUGGCAAGGUCGAGGCGCUUCUGAAGAGGACGCGCGACGCGAUCCUGCGUGUCAGGGCUGGAAUGCAAGCCAUGUCGUCUGCAUCCGGCGUGGCCAUUGAGCCCGUUGAGCAGACACGUCUGUUAGACACUUGCUCUGCAUGUCCUGGCGUGCUCGGCGGCGGCGUUCCUGGAGCUGGUGGCUACGAUGCCGUGUGGGUCCUUGCCCUCGACGCCAAAGCGCCAGUGGCGUCUGUUGAGACCGUCUGGGGUGGCUGGAGUGAGAUGUCUGUGUGCCCAUUGUCCGCUCGCCAGAGUGACGGCGGUUUGCAGCUCGAAAUGUCCCAGGCCGUUCCGGGCCUCGCCGCGCGACUGUCGCCAGCUUAG